AAUUAUUUUCUUGAUUUUUUUUUAAAAUGAUCACAUUGUUAUUUUUCGCCACCAUUUUCGUUAUCGUCAUUUAUCAUGUUCGGAAAUAUAAUAAAAUACCAAAAGAAAUCGAAAAUAUGCCAUACAUUUCUGCAUUCCCCUUAAUAUGGGCAUUAUUAAGACAAAAACCUCAUGAUGAAAUUCAAGAUGUGCUUCACGAAUCUUCAAAAGGCCGUGAUAUUUAUUUAAGUAGAAUUGGUCCGGCUAUGAAUGUAAAUAUUUCAAGUCCUGAACAUGUUAAAGAUUUAUUAAUGGAAUCAGAGGAUAUUGCACUAAAAUUCGAAUAUGGACCCGGAAAUAUUCUUUAUGACUUUUUUGGAAAUGGAUUAGUAUUUUCUAAUGGUGACAAAUGGAGAACUUAUAGAAAAUUAGCAACCCCUGCAUUCAACAACGCUUUAUCUCCAGAAAUUGUGGGUGAAACUGUAAUGGAUCUUUUUUCUUUCAUACAACAAAAUUUGAACCGACCAAUUGAUAUAUUCGAAGUUAUGCAACGUACCACAAUUGAAGUAUUGGGAAAAUUGGCUUUUGGAUAUAGAUUUGGUUGUUUAGAGUCUGGGGAAACUCCUCAUAUUAUAAACGUUUAUAAAUAUCUUAUUUCAACCGUUGAAUCUGUUUAUAAUAUUGUAUUUCCAUGGAUUAAUAAAUUACCGACAGAACAUAAUAGAAAGUUUCGCCAAACUAUUAAAGAAUUUGAUGGAUUCAUCUUUGAUAUUAUAGAAGCAAAGAGAAAUCAAAUUAACAAUAAGGAAAUUUCUGAUAAUGAUCGUGUUGAUUUGUUAACCAGUAUGUUAAAAUCCAGUGAACAAGAAGGAAUUCAUGCUGACACAAAACAAUUAAGAGAUGAGAUGGUGACUUUUUUUGUUGCAGGACAUGAUACUACCUCAAUGUCAUUAAGUACUUCACUUUAUUAUCUUGCAAAAUACCCGGAAAUGCAAGAGAAAGCACGAGCAGAAGUGAUAAGGAUUCUUGGUGAUGAACCAGUCAUCCCAUCUUCAGUACAAUUAAAAGAAAUGAAAUAUAUUAACGCAAUUAUUAAAGAGUCUUUACGAGUAUAUCCACCAGCGCCAGUAGUAAGUCUUAGAUCAUUACAAAAACCAAUUAAAAUUGGCCCUUAUAUUGUGCCAAAAAAUGUUUUAUGCUCAGUAAAUAUUUGGCAAGUUCAUUAUGACACAAGGUAUUGGGAAAAUCCCAAACAAUAUAAUCCUGAAAGAUUUUUAAAUAACGAAAAAAGACAUCCAUUCUCCUGGAUUCCUUUUUCUGCUGGUCCAAGAAAUUGUAUUGGACAAAAUUUUUCUAUAAUGGAACAAAGAGUUAUUCUCUCAAUGAUGUUGCUAAAGUAUAAUUGGACUCUUCCUAAAAAUAGUAUUAAUGAAGAAAAAUUGUUAUUAGAUUCUCAAUUUUUAUUAAGGCCUGUUGAUCUAAAACUUGUAUUUACCGAAAGAAAAUAAAAUUAUAAAUUAUCGAUAAUGUAUUAAACCCCUAUUACUUAGCCAAAUAAAAAUCAAUACUCAAUAUCUGAUAUGUAUUGUAAAUAAAUCUCAAAUUUCUCCGGAUUACAAAAUAUCUCUUAUUGGUUAGAUUUGUUAUAACAUAAUUUAAAA